AUGAAGAAAGGCGACAGGCUCAGCGACUUCUUCAAGGAGGCAGACACCCUUCCCUCGCCCAUCGAGAAGCAAGUCAAGCGGCGUACACGGAAGCAGCAGCAGCUAGCAACGUUUGAUCCAGACGUGCACGGCCUAGAGAGCGAUUCAAGCGGUGACGAUGAAGUCGCGUUUCUCUCCAACAUCACCUUCUCUCCCAUCAAGGCGCAAGCUACACGACCUGUCCAUCAAGGCACACCUGCAGUCAUGACAACUGCAACGCCAAAGCGAGACUAUGAAGUGAUUGUCGACUACGACUCUGAUGGAACAGGCUUCGCCUUUUCACCUGUCAAGUUCACGCCAGCACCCAUCAAGCGACGCGUCAACACACCAGCGCCUGCUGCCUCUCGUGGAGCAGUCAUUUGGGACUCUGCUCAGCGUCGUGUCGUUGCUCGAGACGCGUCCAUCGUGACACACACGCGUGAUGCGUCGCAACGGGUCGAUGCGGCAGACCCGUACUCGCCGCAAGCUGUUGCUUUGUCUACACACUUGGGCUUGUCACCAGAUACAACGUCGUCUUCUGCGACGACAACGCCUGAGCAAGGUAUGCAUCGUGCCAUCUACGCACGUCCACGAGGGCCGCAUCUAGCAAGCUUUGGCAAGAGACAGCAAUCGAACCGCCUGGUGUCCAUCACGCAACACGCACCGCAUGUCCGCUUCACGCGCUCUAUUUCUGGCCAACGGCCUGCCGUCUCACUCGAAACGCUCCCCAUUCCUGCGGCUUGUAUACCGAAACCGCCUACCUUACGACCACGCACACAGAAGCAAGUCCUCAAGAUCCCACUGACACAACCACGCUCUCCAAGAUUCGCACUCGAUGCACUGAAAGCAAGUCGUGAACGUGCUGCGCUCGAUGCAGCAAAACAACAAUCCCUGCAAGCACUCGCUGUCGCUGCGAAUACCUAUGCGAGCCAUGUGCUCGAUGACAUGUCACCCACAAACACCGCGACGCCACGCGUGAAGAGCACGAAACGCCGUCGUUGUAGCGUGGUCAGUCAGGAAGAACAAGGUCGUCCAUCACGCGAGCAGACUCGCAACAAGCGCAUCAAGCGUGAGUCUAGACAAGCUGUUGCUGAUGUUGCUGCAGCAGAAGAAGAAACAUCCCAUGCACGGCAAACACAAUUCCGUGCUUCUAUGCCACUUGGCAAGUUGAUGCAGCCGAUCAUGCUCCUGUCACCCGCUGCAAGAAUCGGCAAUCAAAGGCAUAUUCAGGGGCUAUCGGAGUGCCGCAUGGCAGACCUGGAAAACUCACUACCACACCAGCACACAGCCAAGGCCUCCCACCAAGCACCACAGGUCGACUUCUUCUCAACCGGCUCUGCACACACAACACCCAGCAGCAGUCCGAGUGUCCUGCCUACGACCAAGUCCAAUGCUCCCAGCCUACCCUUACUCUCUUCCUCAUGCGAGCGAUUUCUACUGAGUAGGCCGGCAGAGUCAGCGGCAGCGGCAACGGCUCCGGCGCGUCGCCCUUCCUUCCCACCGUCCAUGUCUGGCGAGAAUACAAGUGUCUGGCGACACCGUAACCUGCUCUACUACACCGCAUGA